AUCGAUAACAGUAAACAGCUGUUCACUUGACUACAAUUGCAAUAAAUUAGAAAAUUGCUUUUAUUAUUAGACAACCAUUGAACACAAUCCCGUUUGAAUGCAUGUUUAGCUUAUAAAUACGUGUUUAAUGCGUCAAACAUCUGUGAGGGAAGGGAAAGGACAGCGAUGGCUUGCUAUUACCGCCAGAACGAGGAGACGUCGGUGACAAUACCAAAAUACACGAGUGAAACCUCCAGCGGCGGGGUCACCUACUAUGACAUCAAAGUGCGUGUGGCAAAGGUGGAAUGGAUGGUGGAACGGCGCUAUCGAGACUUUGCCCAACUGCAUGACAAACUGGUGGAAGAGAUAGCAAUCAGCAAAAAGUUGUUGCCCCCAAAAAAGCUUGUGGGUAAUAAGCAGCCAGCCUUUCUGGAGCAGCGUCGGGAACAACUGGAGGCCUACUUGCAGGAGCUGCUCAUCUAUUUCCGCACGGAAUUACCGCGUGCUCUGUCCGAGUUCCUGGAUUUUAACAAAUACGACAUAAUCUAUCUGCUGCAGGAUCUUGCCAAGCUCUUCAACGAAAGCGGCGAUGCUCUGCUGAGCUCCAAAAAGGAAUACAACCUGUCGGCAUUGGAGGUCUUUGCCAUUAGCGAGCGCCUGAGUCUUCCCUGCCCGCCAAAUGUGGAUCGUGGCGGAAAAUAUGACUUCUCGCACGUCCUAGACUUCUGCACACAACUCGUGGCAUUGGUAGUGACGCCAGUGAAGGAUAAUGCCAGCUAUGAGCAGGACUACAACACAGUGGACGUGCCCAUUGGACGUAGCAAUAUCAUCCCGAACAGGCUAAACUUUAAUCUGAAUGCAUUUCGAAAUCUCAAAACACUCAAAUUCUCGGCCCUGUCAACGGAGAACAUCGUGGAUAUUGAGCUUCUGAAGCCAACGUUGCAGACAAUCUGUGUUCACAACACAACUAUACAAAGCAUAAGCCAGGUGCUGCUCUGCGACAACUUGCACAAGCACUGCGAUGUUCCGAGCCUCCUGCCUGAGGCCAUCAGUCCAUCCUCUGCAACAAACGGCAGUGUCCUAAUCAGCACAGAAGCGUGGCAGGAGCUAACCGAACUGGAUCUAACUGGCAAUCUGCUCACCCAAAUUGAUGGCAGUGUGCGGACAGCUCCAAAACUGCGUCGCCUCGUGCUCGAGCAGAAUCGCAUACGGGCUGUACAAAAUCUGGCCGAGCUUCCCCAUCUGCAGCUGCUGUCUCUGUCAGGAAAUCUUAUAGCCGAGUGCGUGGACUGGCAUCUGACGAUGGGAAAUCUUGUCACACUGAAGCUGGCCCAAAACAAGCUAAAAUCUUUGAAUGGCCUGCGGAAGCUGCUUUCAUUGGUGAAUCUGGACUUGAGCUGUAAUCAGAUUGAAGAGCUCGAUGAGGUUGAUUAUGUGGCUAAUCUUCCACUGCUGGAGGCCCUUAGACUCACUGGCAAUCCCCUGGCGGGCAGUGUGGACUAUCGGCCUCGUGUUUUGGCUCGUUUCCAUGAGCGCGCCGUUGAGAUUUCUUUGGACAAUGAGCGGGGCAGUCAGCAAGAGUUGGACACGGCCCUAGUGCUCUCCGCACUGCUGCAAUCAAAGCAACGACAACGCCAGAAAUGAUAUUCGCAUAAGGUAUUCGGCUCAAUUCUAGAAUUCCACCAAUCUCUCCAUGCGCGAAAGUAUUCCAACCGUCUAAAAUUUAUUAUUUAUAGUCUUAGAGCGAGCCCCGAUUUAAUUCCGUGUCUCU